UUUUUCCAGUUUCAUUCAAAGGCGAUUUUCAAUGAUUCAAUGAUUAUUGCGGUGAACAGACGAAGAUUUUUCGUGUUGGUGCGCUUGUUGGGAGGAAGCUGCCUUCAUUGAUUGAUUGAUAAACACUAAUUUUAUCGAUUAAUCUAAUUAUAAUACGUGUUAUACGUUACACGGAGACGGGCGUUGUGCGAUUGAUUAAACUCAAUUGAAUCGCUUUCGAAUGGCGUACCACGGUGGAUAUCCGGGACAGCCGGCGGGAUACGGAGGUGCCUACGGUGGAGCUCCACCGCAACAACAACCCGGAGGAUAUCCUCCCCAAUAUGGUGGUAACUUCGGGGGAUACGCUGCGCCACCACCCGCGCAGCCCCAGAUCAGUCCGGAGAUCCAGAACAUCUUCCGGAGCAUCGACAAGGACAACUCCGGCAAGCUGAACUGCCGGGAGCUGCAGCUGGCCCUCAUCAAUGGAAGAGGCGAUCACUUUUCGGACACCGCCUGCAAUAUGAUGAUCGGCAUGUUCGAUAAGGACAAAACGGGCACCAUCGAUCUGUAUGAAUUCGAAAAACUGUACAAUUAUAUUAAUCAAUGGUUGCAAAUUUUCAAGACUUACGACCGGGACUCUUCUGGUCACAUAGAAGAAGCGGAGCUGUCACAAGCUUUAUCUCAGAUGGGUUUCCGCUUCUCGCAGCAGUUCAUCCAGUUUCUGAUCAGCAAAAAUGACCCGGUCACAAAUAAGGAAAUUUCGGUGGACCAGUUCAUCGUGACCUGCGUCCAGCUGCAGCGCUUUACCGAGGCUUUCCGGGUGCGGGACACCGAACAGAAAGGGGUCAUAACGAUAGGCUUCGAGGACUUUAUCCAUAUUGCCUUGGCUACGACCACUACGUAAAAUCCACAUCAAGUCUCCUUUGGCGAGAACUCAUCGAAACCACUCACACUCAAACAAACCAACACAACACAAUUCACACAUCUCAACAAUAAUCAAAAAGUAUGAUAGUUUUGCGCUCUGAUUAAAACACAAUCGAUUCUUCAAGUAUAUAUGGGAUAAUUGUUCUCUCAGGCAAGGAACACAACAGCAACGUUGCAUUCUUUAUGAUAAAUGGUAUUUUUAUGUUAAAAAAAUAAUCUAUACUACUACUUUGCGUCGGUUAACCACACACGUGUCUUUUUUUAAAUCAAAACAAACAAAAGGAAUAAAAAUCAGAUUAGAUACCAUAAUCACAAAUCCGACACAACACGGUAUUAGAAAGCAGCAAAAUGCAAUCUGCAACCAGAACAUCAACAAAAAAAAACGUCAGAAGAAGAAAAAUUAAACACAGCUAGCAUGUAUUUAUUGAGGCUUGUUUCAUUAGGGCAGAGCAUUUAAGGAUUGUUGCAACAGAAUGAAUGAAUGAUGCAGAAGAUUCUGUUCAUGCAUUUAAACCCCACCCUUAGAGCUUCGAACUCCCUCCGGGGUCCAAGUAGAAAUACGAAAAAAGCCCUUGUGACGGGCCAAAAGCGUAGGACUUCUUCGUGGGGAAGAGGAGUGCUAGGGGGGAUUAUAAUGGGAAUUUAAACUAAAACCAAACUCCGCAGCUUGUGAAGGUAUAGCUAUUUUGGUAAUAAUAAAUCUGAACAACAACAGUAGAA